UAAGCAGUAAGCACGAGGCAAUGGCAUCGGUGACACCAUGAAAUCCGGAGACCAAUCUACCUCUCGAUCUGGACUUUUUCAUCCUGCUCUUUUCUGCCCGUGGUAUCGUCGGACUGCCAUCUUAGUCAAACUACGCCGCCGGGAAUACAUACAUGAACGCUCUGGCCAGGUAUCGCGCCAGGCCUUCCUCGGGCUUCUCGACCAUCACUGCGGCCACGAUCAGCCGAUCCUAACCUCGGCCACUGCCCAUAUCAUCAUUGGUGUGAAAAUAACCGGCGAGGGAUACAUGGGCAAACUCUUUGCGCGACAUCGGCUGUACUCUCAUCCCGAAGUGGUGACUCUGAACGAGAAAGACGACAAUGGAAAACCACAGAUAGACGCCCGUAAGGUCCUACUUAUGGCCACUUCUUUGCAAGACGCGCGGCGGAUUGUGUCGCAGGCCCUGGUCAACAAAUGGACUUAUACCUACCGACUCAUCGCCGAGGACACCGAGAUCGAUCCGCAAGCCCCGUUAUACACAUUUGGCGUGGAUCCGUUGCUUCCGAGCUGUGCAAAUAUGAACACUGUAGCUAAUAUUAAGCCCACCCUAGAGAGUCGGAAAAGCAUUAAUAGGGUUUGA